AUGCUUAUUCCAAGAGAAGAAAGAAAGAAGAUCCACCAAUACCUCUUCCAAGAAGGUGUCGUUGUUGCCAAGAAGGACUUCAACCAACCAAAGCAUGAAGAAAUUGACACUAAGAACUUGUUCGUCAUCAAGGCUUUGCAAUCCUUGACCUCCAAGGGUUACGUUAAGACUCAAUUCUCGUGGCAAUACUACUACUACACCUUGACUGACGAAGGUGUCGAAUUCUUGAGAACCGAAUUGAACAUCCCAGAAGGUAUCUUGCCUUUGACCAGAUUGAAGACUGCUCCAGCUGAAAGACCAAGAAUCGCCAGAGGUGGCCCAAGAAGAGUUGGUGGUGGUGAAUACAGAAGAAGAGCCAGAGAUUAA